GAACUUGGCUCAGUUGAAAUAUCGCUUUUGUCCGUUAAACAUUGUGGUGAUUAUUUUUAAAACAAAAAUGAAAUUUUGCGUCCUGAUUUUAUUUGCUCUAGCGGCGGUUGCGUUGAGUGCUCCCCGUGAUUCUCCACAGAUUUUGAGAUCUCCCCGUAGAGCCGACAGCGACAGCACAAACAGUGGCGGCCCGGUGAACUUCGGUUUCCCUGUGUACAAUGUUGGUUCGUGGCCCGGAUUCGGUGGGAGUGGCCUACCGGUGUCACAGGGUAUUGGUGGUUUUGGCGGUGGCAAUCUGCACGGUCGAUUCAACUUUGACGAUAUGCCAAAUGUUGAAGGAGUCAGCAGCGGCGUGACCUGUACGUAUUCCAAGGACGGGAAGCAGAAGUGUACUCACCAUCACCAGAAGCAUUGAGGAACGUUAUUCUUUUUGUACAUUUCAAGAAAUAUUUCUAAUUUGUUGUACAUUGUGCAAAUAUUGAAUUGAAAGGCUAAUAUCAAUAUAAGACAUCCCACAAAUAGA